CAUUGUUUACAAACAGAAGCUGCUUCCAGUCGGCAUUUCCAAGUUAGCUCGUCGAGUGGAGCUAAACCUUAUUUUCCAUUACUUAAUUGGACUUUUUUUCUGACAAAAACAGCCACCAAGGAGCCUUCCGCAACAACAACACAACAACAAGUUAUCCUGAAGAGAGUUGUAGGCUUAUAGUCUCUGUUUUUGUGUCUAUAGUUAGCUCUAGUUAGCUGUGAUGUCUCUCCAUCUAGCCUGCUGUUAAUGUUAGUUGUUAGCUGAAGUUUGUCACACUUGGGUUGUGUGUCAUGCUCCUCGGCCGCUUCUUGUUGAGCCCGAUCAAAUCGACGUGUUUACAAGAGGUUUGUUUACUGAGGGUUUCUGCUGUCAUUGAGCUGUCAUCACUUCAGAGGCUGCAUACCAAAACUACUAGCAGUCUCUGUGGACACGUCAGCACCUUGAAGACAUCUGCACACCUGUUCCCACUUAAGGCACAGUCCUGUCUGUAUCAGGUAACAGCGUGUGAUAUGCAAUCAGCCAGUAUCUCCUAUGGCAAAGAAACCACUGCGAUUGCCUUAGAUGAUGAUGAUGAUGAGGAGGAGGAGGGUGGUGGUGGUAAAGGUGUGUUUGAAGAUAAGGAGUUGAAGAAGAAGAUGAUUCCAGGUCAGGUGGAUGCAGGCACCAUGGAGGUCCAACAAGACACUGGAGCCUCCACAACAGUGUCAGCUCAAGCAGGAUCAAGUGAGAAAAAGACGAAGAGGAAAAUGAGGAGGGAGAGGAGGAAAUUGAUGAUGAAGCAACUCAAGUCAGCUGAUACUUUGGAGAAUUUAAUGUCUGAGCUUCCGUUUUCUCUGACCAGCCCCACCACAUGGAAAGAGCUAGGAUUCUCCGGCCCAGAGUCGACCCAGAAGAAGAGAAAGAGGAAGAGAGGAGACUGCGGAGGGCGAGUCGACAGUGAAGAGGACGCAGAGAAGAAGAAGAAAAAGAAAGAGAUCCAACGACCCAACUACUUUAUCUCCAUCCCCAUCACUAACACACAGAUCAGUUCGGCCGUGACCAACGUCCAAGAGGCGGUGCUUCAGCAGGAGCCCCGAUUGGCCAAAGCCAUGAUCCCGGUCCCAACUCUCCACAUCACGCUAUUAGUCACUCAUCUCGCCAGUCAGGAGCAAGUAGACCUGGCGGCAACCGUGCUGGCUCAGGUCAAGCCGCUAUUGGCCGAGCUGCUGGGUGGGCAGGACCUGGUGCUGCCCUUCUCAGGGAUCGGUCAUUUCAGGAAGGAGGUGGUGUUUGUUGGGCUGGCCCCCGGACAACACAGACACACACUGGACAGUUUGUCAGAGUUGUUGCGGAGUCGUUUUGAGGAGCAGGGUCUUCUGCAAGAAGGCAACCGUGGGUUUGAACCCCACCUCACCAUUAUGAAGCUGUCCAGAGCGUCAAAGCUACGAUCUCAGGGUAUAAAGCGUGUGGACCCAGCCCUCUACUCCACCUAUACAAACAAGUUUUUUGGAGAUCAGACAGUUGAGCGGGUGGAUCUUUGUUCCAUGUUGAAAAAGAAGCAACAAGAUGGAUAUUACCACACUGAGACUUCACUACAACUUGAUUUAAACCCACUCCAGGCCAAACGCUCAAGUGGGCGUCGCCGGUCUGAGCCCGACGAGGCGGAGCUACUGAGGGUGAGCAGGCGAUUGGUCGAGGACGCCGUCAAUCGCGCCAUGCAACAGUACAAACAAGAAACACUUCAAAACGGGGGAGGGCCUAACGCCACGGCUCUGCAGCCCCCUGGAAACACUGAAGAGACUGCAACAAAGACGGACACUACAGCUAACUCCACGACAGACAACAGGAAGUGACAUCAUCGGGACUGAGGUACAGAGACUGUAAAACCAGCCGCCCAGAAAACAUCAGCCAGGCCUGGCUAACCAGGAGAAGAGUCAGUAAGCCCUGGGCACAAAGCCUGAACAAGCCAACUAGUCAGCUCUGACUAGAUAACCCAGCUAGCCAACCACAACGGCUAGCCAGUCAUGCUAGCUACCUGCCCAACUGACCUAGCGUGACACACUGCUAGUUAAAUAGAUAAUGUAGCUUGAGUUCAGCGCUCGGUGACCGUCCCAACAGGCCAGCUAGCUAAAGCCUGUUAGUUAACUCACUACAUAUAACAGCAAGGACAUCGGCCCUCGGUCUUCACUCAGCUGCGGGUCUGCGUUUGCACAUCAAGCCCAGAAAACAUAUGUGAAGCACUCCUCUAGAGACGCACAUGCACAUGUUAAGGUUUCGCUUUGACUUGCCACUCAAACUGCCCUUUUAGAACACGAUGAAUCAUGUUUUGUAGACUCUUUGGUUUACCAUCACCUGCACUUAAAAUGUGACUUAAUAUCCUCAAUUUCCCCCAUGAAAAAACUUCUUUCUCUUCUCUCACUUCAUUGUUUCAGGUGAAGAAAUUAUUUUACUUUCCUUUUUAGCGUAUGUUUCUCUUGAAAGAUCAGUGCUGUCUUCAUUGACAAAAGAUUACACGUCUGCUCGUCUUUGUGGCCGAAGGGGAAAUGCGAGAAAGAGUGCAAGUUUUUGUCGUAUUUUGCCGCGAGUAUUGGUUCAAAGCACUUACAAUUCAAUUUCAGGAAACUUCCAGUUCUCUGUCUGCAUACCACACCGCAUUUUUGUCUUUAUUCUAAGUUGUUUAUAGAAAGCGAUCUGGCCCCAGCUGCGCUUUAAGUAUUAUAUAUUACUGUUGAAUUAACCAAGUGUGUCCGGCCGAGGCAGCACCGAGACAAUCAUCAAUUUAAGGUCAGUUAUAAGCUCUGAAAUUCACAUUUUCAAACAGAAACUAAGUGAUACAAGCUCUUUGAAACCCAAUUUGGACUCCUCUGUUGGAUCCACCGACACUGUGGGAGCAUACAGACUGGUAUCCUUGUGUCACAUUAUUUUAUCUCCACUAAUGUACAACUACUAAACUAAUUAAAGUACAAAGGAUGAAUUGGAGAUACUUAAUUGCUUAUGCUAAAGAUAAAAAAUAACACUCCAAAAAUACACUACAAGUUGCCAAGAAAGCGUUUUUACUCCAUUAAUGCCAAAACAUCCAUUAAUGACCUGGGUGCUUGUCUCAAUUAAAUCUAUGUGACAUGAUAUUAUUACUAUUACACACAGGCAUUCAUUUCAUAACUCCGCUUCCUGCCUGAUCAUAUAUAAAUGUAAUUAUUUUUUUGUUAACACAUUGUCAGUUUUGUUCUGUGAAAUGAUUUUGAAGCAGCAGCAAAAAUGCACAGAUUCAUAAAUUGUGUGGCGAUAAACACGGACUGUUGCCUCGCUGAUUGAGGCUCAGCGUUCAUUAGGAGUACUCACGCUGAUCGGAGGAGCUUUUAUUCUGUAGUACUGUACAUGUGAGAGCAUUUACAGCCAAGUUUUUCAGAUGGUGAUGCUGGUGUCGGGGAGGUUAACUCAGACAAUCGCUGCUGUCAGCUGAAAACCCUCCGGCUUUUGAUUUCAGUGUCUUCCAUCCAUUUAUUUUUUGUAAAACUUGAUGAAUAAAAUUGGCCUUUUCGUGCUCUGCAUUUGACCCCACAGCUCAUGGAAUUCAUUCAGAAACACCCGGUGUGAAAUUAAGGGGGAUUUUUCUGAAUUUCUUUUUUUUUUAAACUUGAUUUCCUGGAGAUGAGGUUUUUCGACUGACAGCAAGACGAUGAUGAUAAAGCUAUGAUUAAAGUGAUUGGUUUACUCUGACAUUAAAUGUGUUAUUUUAUCCGUUCUAACUAUUAUUUAUAAUGCUUUGCUGUCCCUGUUAGAGAAAUGAAUUUCAUGUGACAAGCUGAAAAGGUGUUUAAUUUAAAAAUGAGAAAAAGAGCAUUCAGUUUGCAUUUAAAGGUGAAAAAAGCACAAAAUGAUUUUUUUUUUUUUUUUUAGUUUUUGGUUUCACUUUUUUAAAAGAGCAGGUAAACAUGUACAUGCUGUUAAAUCACCUCUGUUCAAAGUGGCCUUAAGUCACUAAAACAAGUAGAUUUUUGUGCUUAAGGUGACAAUGCGUGGCUAACAUCUUAGCCAGUGCGGGUGAUGAUGGCUCGUUUUGCUGUGAGAUUUGCCAAAGUCUCUUAAAUGUAAUCCUGUGGCUAAAGAGUUGGAUUCUUGAGUUAAAUGUAAAAAAACGUCCACCAUGACACACAAUUCAUGUCAUUUCUAUUAAAAGAUAAAUCAAUUCCUGAGACAGACAACAGUGAGUCAGUUUGCCAGCUCAGAUUUUCAGCCCAUGUGAGGUUUAGUUCCCUCCAGUGCAAACAGGUGUUUGCUGGAAAAUGUGCUCUCAUCCCUGUGAAAUUCACUUAAAUCCUGUCACUGUGGGCUCAUUGCAACGCCAAUAAAGAAAGGUGAAUUCUGUCUUAAGGUGGACUUUGAUCGUUUCCGUUUUGAUCUUUUAUUGUCACCGGAUCCUUAAUCUCCUUAAAAUCCCCUUUAAUACACAAGUUGUCCUGUUGGCCUGUAUGGUUAGUCCGUUUAUCUGUCGCUGAGAGCGUAUGUGUGUGUUUCUGUGUGUGUGCAUGUGUGUGAGUGAGUUCACACAACGACGGUAGGAUGUUUGAUCAGCGGUUCCCCAGAGAAAUUCUUGUCUCUAUCAAUCAUGACAACUCAGAGCUGUGUGUUUGUGUGCGAGUGUGAACGUCUGUACAAAUUUGUCUUUUCUGUUUGUCUUUCCAUUUGUCCGUGUGUACGUCUGACCGCGUGGGUGUCUCGGUUGUACUGUGUUGUAUAUCUUGUUCUGCCAUAUUUGAACAAUAAAACAGGAUAUGAGAUUCAAAACCAA